CGGACCGAACAGCGCGCAGGACAACUUUCACCCAUUAUUACUUAUUACGCAUGGCUCUGGCUUUGCGCAAAAGCGCGACAGUAACGGCGUCUUGGAAGAAACUGGUGGGAUUCUAAGAAGAUAUAAAAAACACAGCGACAACAAUCUUUAAAGGAUUUUUCCACCCCGAAGAGAUAAUUCUGCUUCUGCUAAUAAUGAUCUUCACAUGCACAACAGGAUAUCCUCUUCUUGUCGUGUAAUCCUCCAGCUGUACGUGCAGGUCCGACGCGUUACUUGACAUUCUCAAUUCACGUAGAGAUGGAUCUGUGGGGAGUUUAUCUGUUUCAUCUCAUAACUUUGGCUUUGUUAGAGGUAAUAAUGGCCGGCAGAGACUGUUUGGUGGCUGGAGACUCGUGCUCGAGUGACGAGACUUGUAGCCCUCGUCUGCGGACUUUGCGUCAGUGCGUGGCGGGCAACGGCAGCGUGAAGCUGGGCCCCGGGGCCCGGAGCCAGUGUGCCAACGCCGUGUCCGCCCUGCUGUCCAGCCCCUUACAUGGCUGCCAGUGUAAACGGGGCAUGAAGAAGGAGAAGAACUGCCUGAGCAUCUACUGGAGCCUCCAUCAGUCCAUCAUACAUGGACUGAACCUGGUGGAGCGGUAUCCCUACGAGACGGUGCAGAGGGAUUACGACUAUGUCCGCUUGGCCUCUAUUACAGCUGACUCAGAUGUUGGCAUGACAACUGUGAAUCGCUGCCUGGAUGCCGCCAAGGCUUGCAAUGUGGACGACUUGUGCCAGAAGCUCCGCACAGAAUAUGUUUCAGCGUGUAUCAAACCCACUGCCAAGUCGGGGCUGUGCAACCGGCCUAAAUGCAACAAGGCUCUGCGCAGGUUCUUUGAUCGCGUCCCCGCCGACUACACUCAUGAACUGCUCUUCUGCCCCUGUACGGACACGGCCUGUGCAGAGCGGCGGAGACAGACCAUUGUUCCCAGUUGCUCUUACGAAAGCACGGAGAAACCCAACUGCAUCACACAGAUGAGGACCUGCAACAACGACUAUGUGUGCAGGUCUCGUCUGGCACAGUUCCAAUAUGAUUGCGAACCCUCCAAAACGUCCGCCAAUGGCUGCAAGCAGGGCAACCAUGGCGCCUGCCUCCUGGCCUACACAGGCCUCAUAGGAAGCACAAUAACUCCCAACUACGUGGAUAACUCCACGUCCAGCGUGGCUCCGUGGUGCUCCUGCUCCGCCAGCGGCAGUCGGAGAGAAGACUGUGAGAACUUCCUGGGUUUCUUCACCGACAACAUCUGCCUCCGGAAUGCUCUGAUGACGUUUGGAAGUGAAUCUGAGCAGCAGCCGACUGUCGGCCAGUCGGACGCAGCGAGUCCCAGCAGCAGAGACACCAGGAGCACCACAACUCCUCCUCCAGAACCCAUAGAAACUAUGAGGAACAUCCUGGACACCAUCAUACCAACACAGGUGCUGGGUAAUGAACUCCUGGUGGGCCAGGCCACCCUGCCCUCCGACAGCCUCCCUAACUCUGCUUCACCUCCCUGCCUAAUGCUCCACGCUGCCUUCAGCCUCCUGCUGCUGCUCCUUCAUCUGCUCAACAAUGGACACUAAAGACAGCAGGAGCUGCUGAAGACCCUCCUAGUACACAGCAGAUGGGAGGAGCGGUGCAGUUCUGGGGGAAAUGAACCGUGUGGCGUUACUCCUCCCUCUAAAUAUGUACAGCGAUUCUGUUUUUAUAUUUUUGUGUCUAAGUGGUCCAGUUCCACCUGCCAGAGUUCUUCUUCUUCAGACUGUGGGAGACCUCUGCAGACCGGAGCCAGUCAGUCUGUACAUUUGUACAUUGUCGUUGCGAUCAAAUCAAGCCGGAAAUGAAGUCAAAUUCAUUUCAAGUAUCGCUUUUGUGGACUAACGCAGCUAUCAGCUAUCCACCUGUAUCCAUUUUCAAGAGUUAUUAUGAGAAUAUACUGGAGAUAUGUAUGAUACAAAGACAAGAAGUAUGUCAGUACAUGUGAAGAUCUGUAUUAUCAACAGAAGCUCUUAUGUGAAAUUGUGUAAGGAGUAAACCAGUGAACUCUGCAUCAUCUGCCCUUCUCUCAGCACACAGAGUGAUUGGAAAGCUGCUGGAGUAUAUAAGGCUUUAAUAGCACUCUCUUCAAGUGACUGAAAGAGAACCAUUAUUUCUGAUCAAUACUGGAAUAGUGCAGAGAAUGAGACAAUAGAGCUCCAUUUGGCUCAGACAUCUGGGACUAACGCCAUGAUUCUUACAUGUCCGGCAGCACUAUCUAGAAAAUGUGCAACAAACCAGAGUACAAUAAGAUAAACCAUGAAAUAAUAAUUGUUCUCUCAAUCAAGACUGUUGCCCUUUCUCAAACUAUCUCACCCCACUUUAUCUGUUCCUGCAAACAGUGCUAAGUCUCCAUCAGCUGAGACAAGCUCCUGGACUUGAAAGGACAUUCUCAGAAAAGCAGUAAGUCUUUACCUGUAGCUGCUGUACUAUGUGUUUGUGAGCGUAAUAACUCUUUAUUUCUCAUUGUGUCCGUGAACUUUGCUAUAUGGGGCUCUGAGUGUUGAAAGUGAAUGGUCACUAUCUCCAAUACGGAGCCCGGAGUUUGAGAUUAGACCAUUAUGAAUGAUUCAUUUUCUGUUCUGGGAAUGUGCCGGUGAAUUGUGAACAGGACUAGAGGUGCUGCAAAUAAAAGUUCUCAU